AUGGAAAUGUAUCUUCCAUUCUGUGGGAUUGCUAUCUCUAAUGCUCAGCUGUUUGCUGCUUCCAGGAAGGAGUACGAUAGAAGCAGAGCCUUGCUAGAAGUGGUUAAUGAUCUCUUUGAAGAACAGACAGACUUAGAGAAAAUUGUGAAGAAAAUUAUGCACCGAGCCCAAACUCUGCUGAAGUGUGAGCGUUGCUCGGUAUUGCUUCUUGAGGACAUUGACUCUCCCGUGGUGAAAUUUACCAAAUCAUUCGAGCUGAUGUCUCCAAAGUGCAGUGCAGAUACUGAGAACAGUUUGAAAGACAGCAUGGAGAAACCAUCAUCAUCUUAUUCCGACUGGCUAGUAAAUAGUAGCAUUGCUGAACUCGUAGCUUCCACGGGCCUCCCAGUGAACAUCAGUGAUGCAUAUCAAGAUCCUCGCUUUGAUGCAGAAGCUGACCAAAUUUCUGGCUUUCAUAUAAGAUCUGUUCUCUGUGUCCCUAUAUGGAACAGCAGCCACCAAAUAAUUGGGGUAGCCCAAGUGUUGAACAGGCUUGAUGGGAAACCUUUUGAUGAUGCUGACCAGCGACUCUUUGAGGCAUUUGUUAUAUUUUGCGGCCUGGGCAUCAACAAUACCAUAAUGUAUGACCAAGUAAAUAAAUCCUGGGCAAAGCAGUCUGUAGCUCUUGAUGCUUUGCGCUACCACAGCAGCUGUAACAACCAAUCCCCAAGAGCCAGUGUAGACAAGUUUGCUCUGGCAAACAUCCCACUCGUGUCAGAGCUUGGCAUAGACAACAUCCAUUUUGAUGACUUCUCCCUCGACGUGGAUACCAUGAUAACUGCAGCCCUCCGGAUGUUCAUGGAGCUGGGAAUGGUUCAGAAAUUUAAAAUUGACUAUGAGACGUUGUGCAGGUGGCUUUUGACAGUUAGGAAGAAUUAUCGAAUGGUUCUGUAUCACAACUGGAGGCAUGCUUUCAAUGUGUGCCAGCUAAUGUUUGCAAUGUUAACCAUUUUUAAAAUGCUGCUUUGGCGGCAGCCGCCACCACAGAACAAGAAUCUUCACGGCAUGACUGAAGAAUAUUUCAUGUCGCAUACUACUGCCUACCCUGUGGAUGAAAUCAGAAUUACCAUUCAGUUUAUUCUGGGUGGUUUUUAUGGAAACUUGCUUACCUGUUUUUGUAUUUUUAUAUAUUAUAUUACUGAAGAAUGGCACGAAACACAGAGAAAUAGUUUGUCCAUACUGAGUGGAUCUGCUUUGGCUCAACUGUACGGGACGUCCGCUACCCUGGAGCACCAUCAUUUUAACCAUGCUGUCAUGAUUCUUCAAAGUGAGGGUCACAACAUCUUUGCUAACUUGUCCUCCAAGGACUACAGUGACCUUAUGCAGCUACUGAAGAAGUCGAUAUUGGCAACCGACCUCACUCUCUAUUUUGAGAAGAGGAGUGAGUUUUUUGAACUCGUCGGCAAAGGUGACUACAACUGGAGUGUUAAUGGCCAGCGAGAAAUAUUCCGAUCAAUGCUAAUGACAGCCUGUGACCUUGGAGCUGCAACCAAACCGUGGGAGAUUUCAAGACAGGUUGCUGAACUGGUAACGAGCGAGUUCUUCGAACAAGGAGACAGAGAGAGGUCCGAGCUCAAGCUCACGCCUUCUGCUAUUUUUGAUCGGAACAGGAAAGAUGAACUGCCUCGAUUGCAGCUGGAGUGGAUUGAUAGCAUCUGCAUGCCUCUCUAUCAGACUUUAGUGAAAGUCAACAGCAAACUGCAGCCCAUGAUAGACUCUGUAGUGGCCAACAGAAGCAAGUGGGAGGAACUGCACCAAAAAAGACUGCUCUCUCAGGAAAGGACGACGUCCCCUUCUUCCAACUUUGCUGCACCUCUGGAGGACAUAAAUUAA